AUCAGUUCCUGCGGGUCACGAAGCAGUAUCUGCCUCACGUCGCUCGCCUGUGUCUCAUCAGCACGUUCCUGGAGGACGGCAUUCCGCAUGUGGUUCCAGUGGAACGAGCAGAGGGACUACAUCGAGGGAACCUGGAGCUGCGGAUACUUCCUCGCCACAUGCUUCGUGCUGCUCAACCUCUUAGGACAGAUCGGUGGAUGUGUGCUGAUCCUCAGCAGAAACUUCGUUCAGUAUGCUUGCUUUGGGUUAUUCGGUGUUAUCGCACUACAGACGGUUGCUUACAGUAUUCUGUGGGAUCUCAAAUUCCUCAUGAGAAAUCUGGCUCUUGGUGGAGGUUUGUUGCUGCUGCUGGCCGAGUCUCGCUCUGAAGGGAAGAGCAUGUUUGCCGGCGUGCCGUCGAUGGGCGAAAGCUCUCCCAAACAGUACAUGCAGCUGGGCGGACGCGUUCUGCUGGUGCUGAUGUUCAUGACGCUGCUGCACUUCGACGCCAACUUCUUCUCUAUUCUUCAGAACAUGGUGGGAACGGCUCUCAUCAUCCUGGUGGCCGUCGGAUUCAAAACCAAACUGGCGGCGCUCACGCUGGUGGUGUGGCUUCUGGCCAUCAACGUCUACUUCAACGCUUUCUGGACAGUGCCUGCCUACAAACCCAUGCACGACUUCCUGAAAUACGACUUCUUCCAGACCACGUCGGUCAUCGGAGGCCUGCUGCUGGUGGUCGCUCUCGGCCCGGGCGGCGUGUCUAUGGAUGAGAAGAAGAAGGAGUGGUAAGAAGACGAGUGUCUUUCAGUUCACCUCCCGGGACGCAAGAACUCACACUUGUAACACACCGUUACCCUGUUCGUCCUCUUCAUUACGCCAUUGUUUUCUCCACUUCCUCUUUAUUUUAAGUGCAUUGUUAAAUACUGGAGUUUUAUUUGCCACACGCCACUGAUUGCAACAAGAACUCUGUUUAUUUUUGUUCACUUUAAUCACGUUUUCUUGCAUUAGUGUUUCUAAUUUGUUUUUGGUAUUUAAAAGCGCUGUUGAGAGAUAUAAGUAUGUGAAAUGGACUGAACAGGUUGUGAAUGUGACUGACUGGAGCAGCUCAUCAAAUCCUCAUCAUCUUCAUCUUUCUGGAGUCUUUAUAAUGUUUGUGGUUGAAUUUCAUCGGAAACUGCCAUUGGAUAAGGUUGAUCGGUGAUGUUCUUAAGGGCCGAAUGCAUAAGACGUUUGUGUCGUGCAUCAGAUGUGAACUCCGUGCUGUACGCGUCUCAGUCGAGUUAGUCGUUCGUCUCGAGUCGCAGCAGCGACGGGGACUUUAAUUCUAUUAUUUUACGAUCUACACAGCCGAGUAGGACGAGAGCUCCUAUUCUUCAACUUGAUUUAUUGUCUUGCCCAAGUGUUUUCUGUUGAUUAUAUAUGUAUAUUAAAAAAAGUAAGUCAUUAUAUUGAUUUUUCAGAAGUUUAUAUUGUAUUUUUGAUUUUUGGUUUUCAGAUCAUGGCGGAAAAAUAAAGCAAAAUCAACAAA